CGCUUUGUCAUCUCAAAUGACGAGUCAUGUGACAGUGAAAUACUAGAGGCUGUUGUCUCUGCUUGUUUCCUCACUCAGCUCCUACUCUUCACACUGGAGUCUCCCUCUGAGCAGGUUAUCCAGAAUGCUGUCUUCAGUGAUAAUAAUAGGUCUACUGGCUUUUGCCUCUAGCAAACCAUGUGAUACUUCAGGAUCCAACAAUGAGCUGCUCCUGUCACUCAAUAAGGAUCUGCUCCGCUCUCUGGAGGGGCAGGAAGGAGUUCCCAAUCCCAGUGUACACUUGGCAUUGCGACUUUCUAAUUACCACAACCUUGCCAAGGAGAGUGAACACCUGAAUAGACUGAAAAACAUUUUGCACAAUGACAUACAAAACUCUCUCUCUAACAGCCAGCCUGUGGUCGGCCGCAUGGCACUGUACACUCUGGCUUUGAAGUCCUCCUGCUACGACCUCACCACAGUCACCUUCACUGUCAGCGAGACGAGCGAGACGCUGCUGACACACCUGAAGAAGCAGAUGGAACAAGAAAAAGAGAACAUUGCCUUCAGCCAACGCCCUUUGACUAACUAUUACCAGUACUCCCUGGGAGUGCUCGCUCUUUGCACAAGUGGCGUCAGGGUCAACAACCAUGUCAGCAACAAACUCAUCAAGGCAGUUGAACACGAACACUUCAAACAUGGAGAUGUCGACAGUAUUGAUACCUAUGCUAUGGCUGGGAUGGCACUGCAGUGCGUGAAGGACUCUGGCACGCAUGUGCAGAACGCUGCUGAGCUGGACACAGCCCUUAGCAAGAUCAAGCAGAAGCUUUUGGCCUCUAGCAGGACCGACGGCCAUAUUGGCAAUGAGUUCAGCACUGGUCUUGCCGUUCAAGCCUUAUUGGCAAUGGGCAGCCCAGUUGCAGAGUGCGCAGCCUCAAUGGAGGCGAUGAGGACAGAUGCCAGAAGCAACACAUACCACAACCCUAUGGCCAUAUCUCAGAUACUGCCAGCUCUGCAGCAGAAAUCUUACCUGACAGUUAAAAGCAAGGAGUGUCUCAACGAGGAUGAUACUCUGGUGCUGGAGCCUGUAGAUCCUGUGGUGGUUUUACCAAGCAUGACCAAAGUGGCUGUGAUGGUGGAGGUGGUGACAUCCAGCGGGGCAUCUGCUGUUUACUCAGUUGAUGUGCCAAAGGGCAGCUCUGUGUUGGAGGCCCUUGAACUUCUCCAGGGACAAAACGUUGGCUUCACGUUUGAGAAGGAGUCCAGCCUCUGGGGACCUUUCUUAAGUGCAGUGAAUGGAGAGCAGGCCAGACAGAGUGAUCGCAGAUACUGGCACCUCUCCUCUGAUGGCACUGCACUCAAUCAGGGUAUCAACGAUUUCAAGAUUGAGACAACUCAAAGGAUCACCCUCAAAAACACAAGCUACUGAGAGCCAGUCACUACUGAUGCAACUGAUGUAACAGCAAUUUCUGACAAUCAAAAACAGUUCAAUUGUCACUUUUUCCUGUCUUUUUUUUUUUUUCAUUUAAACCAGUGAUUAUACUUAAAUUGUCUCUAAAUCUGUAGAGAAAUGCUCACAGUGUUUUUUUCAAGUAGGUUGAAUAAAAUUUUUAUUUUGACUUAACAAAACAGACUUUGCUAUGAAUAUUCUGAUUUUAGUGUGUAAAAUGUAAAGCUUUUUUUUAUGAUUGUGCUUUUACAAUGAACGUUGUGAUGGCUUUUUAAAUGAAGACUUUCUGUAGGUUUGUGUUUUUAUUACAAACAAACUCUGAAUUGAAAGCAAGGGACACUUUAAAUAAUAAAUCACAGUAGAUUUUUCUUUCAAAGUAAA